UCUCAAGUUCCCAUAUUAUAAAUAAGAACUUCACCAGUCCCAUUCAUAUUUUUUUCACUCUUCUUUCUUAACAUACAAUACAACCCUAUUAUUAUUAUUUACUAAUUCCUUUAUAUAUAUCUUGCCUUUUAAGUACACUCCCUUUCUUUCCCAAGUUUAAUUUCUUCUCAUUCUUCUUCUUCAUCUAAAAAAGCUCUUCUACUUCUUCUUUCCAUUCAAUUGGGGUCAGAAAAGUGAAUGCUUGAAUGUCAAGAGAAAGGGAAUCACAAGAAGUGGAUGAGAUAGGGAAGAAGAUAAAGAGAGAAAUUGAAAGCAGUAAUUUGUUCUAUGAUCCUAAUUUAAUGGGAAGAAGAAAUAAUAAUAGUAAUAAUUUGAUUUUGAGCAGCAGUAGUAGUAGUCAAAGUAGUGGGAUCAGUAAUUUGAAUACAAUAACACCAUGUGCAGCUUGUAAGCUUCUAAGAAGAAGAUGUGCUCAAGAAUGUCCAUUUUCUCCUUAUUUUUCUCCUCAUGAACCACACAAAUUUGCUUCUGUUCAUAAGGUUUUUGGUGCUAGCAACGUUGCUAAGAUGCUAAUGGAAGUACCGGAGAAUCAAAGAGCGGAUGCAGCAAACAGCCUUGUUUAUGAAGCAAAUCUAAGGCUGAGAGAUCCUGUUUACGGUUGCAUGGGAGCCAUUUCUGCUCUUCAACACCAACUUCAUACUUUACAAUCUGACCUCAAUGCCAUUACUACUCAAAUUUUCAAAUACAAAUUUACUCAUCACCCCAUCAAUAUCCCUUCUUCUCCUAAUUUCAUCUCCCCCUCCCCCGCUGCUACCCCGCCUGCUGCCCCGCCAACUCCGCCUCAUUCUCAGCCGCCUCCGCUGUCUCUUCCACCGCCUCUUCCUCCUUCCUCCUCCUCCUCCUCCGUCUUUUCCCCUCCCAUUAUUACAACAGCCACUUCUACCACCGUCGUUGAAUUAAUUAACCCUAUUGUGUCAACAAGUACUCAACAUAUCUCCUACUUUGGUUAAACUUAUAGUUAUUCCUAGUGUGUGUUAUUGUUUGAGAUGACUGAUAUAUAUGUUGAGUGAAAAUAGUUGGUAUUUAUUAUUAAUUAUUACUUUUCAUCAUUUUAUUUCUC